AUGCCUCAGAGGGACGGGCGCCCGAGGCGGCCAAGCCUGGGACACCAACGCCGCACCCAGCGCUUGAACCCGACUCGGUCUCCCGACAGAUCCCGACUGCUGGAGGGUGGCCUGCCCUACCAGAUGUCGCCCGUGGUUCGUCAGGACGAGGAGCCCCGUGGGCAGUCGACUUCUCCGGAGUCGCGCCGUGGGACGGGGCGUCGCCAUCGCGUGGAGACGUGGCCAGCUUCCCGGGUGACCAGACGGAGCUGCAAGUUGGUUCUGCCUACUGCCGAGGCUCUGGAGAAGAAGUUUGCUCUUUUGGUUGGUGAUUCCCAUCUGCGUGCUAUUGUGGAUGGGUAUUCUACCAUGCCAAAGGGCGACUUCUCCUUAGGGAUGCUUGCAUCUCCCGGAGCUUCUGCGGAAGAGUUGCGGCUUGAGGUGCUGGAUGCAGUUCUGCCUCGGCCCCCCGAGGUGAUCUGUCUUCUGGCCCCAAGUAACAACUUGACCGCCAGCAGGACCUUCGUGGAGGCCGGAGCGGCGUUUGACGCUUUGUUGCGUACCGUCUGCAACCUCUCUGCUAAUGUGGUCGUUGUGGACUUUCCCCCACGCCUUGGCGUGAAGGAAAGUGUGCAACAGCUGCUGCGGCAGGAGUUUCAACGUGUGGCUGCUCAGAGAGGUGUUCGGUACUUGCCUGUCACUGAACACUUCCCGUUGAGCAGCCUAGCCUUGUGGAGCAGGGACGGCGUUCAUUUGAGCGAUCGUCCUGGGAUGGAGGUCCUUUCUCAGUUGCUUGAGGCGGCGGUCUCUUCGCAACUUGAGUUAAGUGCACCGAAAUCUCCAGCUCCUGUGAUGUUGGCUCCUCCCCCUCCUGGGACGGCAUCCCCCCCCGCGGUGAGACGUCCCCUGCCCCGGCUGGUUGUGGUUGGUGAGGUGGCUGCCCCGCGUCGUUUGGACCCCUUCGCCUGGACUGUGGUUGGUGGUCGUAAGUCGCCUCGCGGGGGCCAGGUUGGUGAUGGCUAUCCACAGGCCACUGGGAGGAUGGUUGACCAACAGGGAGACCUGCUGGAUUCUUCCAUCCCCCCGAAUCCUGUGUGGUUCAGCCCAACGUUGCUGGAGGAGAUGGACCGGAUCGUUCCUGCGUCUGGCCUUGACGCUCCGUUACCUACACGUUCUCCGACGAGGAAGAAGAAGACGAGUCCGAGGCGUCGUCCAAUUUCCGAUCCCUCCAAGCUGAAUCCGGUGGAGCGGCAGAUGGAGGGAGCGCACGGAGUCCGGUCCCCGAUGGACGCCGAGGCCCCUACCGAGUCCUCUUCCGUGCCGCUGGAGGACCAUGUCCGGGAUGGGAGCUGCCAGGCUUCUGCGCUGGAACCCGGGAUCAGCGGUCCACCUGUCCUGUCGGUAAGUGCCACACAUUCUCAAGCCGACAAAAGGUAUGCUGCAUUUUCCCGCAAUCACCAGUGCACAUGCAUGGCACUCACAUUUUUAGCGUACCACAAUGAGGGGUUGCAGUUUGACACAGUGUUGCUUGACAGAGUGAUUGAAAAAGGAGACCAACUUUAUGUCGGCGUUAAACAGCAACUGAUCAGUGAUGGAACGUUUCGUGACAAUCACUUGACAUUUGAAGAGAUGCCUGACCAUGUGUUGACUGACAGGAACAUCUAUGCUGUACACACAACUGGUUUAAGGGUAGGUCAUGUUUUUGCUGGUAGCGGGAGCCCUCAAGGAUCUCGACAAUUGGGUUUGCCUCUUGCCCUGCAACUGGAAUGUCUGUCGGAAAAUGUCACCCAUGCUUUUCUUUUGGUGACUCCAGAGUGCAUUGCAGUUUUCAGGGACAGAAGCGGUCGGUUUGGAGUUUUUGAUUCCCACUCAAGAAAUUCAGCAGGCCUGCCCCAUCCCAGUGGAACUGCAGUAAUGAUGACUUUCUGCAAACUGUCUGACAUGGUCAACCAUCUGCUGAAGCUCUUUCGAAACCGCGGCCCCAAUGCCACUUAUGAGUUUGUGCCAGUAGGUUUUGUCAGGGAGAAUGACGACCCUUCUGAGGAUUUGGUCUUUCAGAACAUUUCACCUGAAGCCACAAAAGUAAGUCCAACUCUUUUCAAAACCAAAAGCACCUCUGAAGAGGAAAUGCCUCCUUGGCUUAGGGAAGUUGCAAAUGUAUUAGAGGAAACGGCUCCAACCAUUCCAAAUGUGUCAAAAGUUCCAAAAGCCAAGAGAAGAAAAAUUAGGUACAGGGUCAAAACGCAACAAGGACAGAAUGUACAAAAUAAAAUGAAAAAAAGUUCAUCUGAAAAAGAAAGAUAUCUGAAAUCUCCAACAUUUAGGACCAAAAAACUACAGGCCUUUAAAGAAAACUACAUUAUUCAUCAACAACAGAGAAAGGAUCAGUUCAAAAAUAGAUAUAGGACAGAUGCAUCUUUUCGGAAGAGAAAAAUAAAUUAUAUUAAGUACCGACUCAACUUUAUCCGCAGCUUUAGAGCCAGUCGUAAAGCCUACAUGGCUGAUUAUAUGAGGAAACUGUUCAGAGAUGAUCCAGCCUUUAGAAGCAGGCAAAAAUCUUACAUUAGGAAUCGAUUCAGAGAUGAUCCAGCCUUUAGAAGGAGACAAAAAUCGCACAUCAGGAAUAAAUUCAGAAACGAUCCAGUCUUCAGAAACCAACACAAAAAAACAAUGCGUGGAUAUAUGAAGGCAAAGUAUCAUAGUGAGCCUGGUUAUCGAGUCAAACAUAAAGAAAAAUGUGCUGCCAGCAGAAGAGGCAGACUAUCAAGACAAGCACUUUCCAAAAAUUUAACACUAGAGCAUGCUUUGCGAAUCAGAAGAAAGUACAAAAGAAAUGUAGGCUUCCACUUUGAAACCCCACGCCUCUGA